ACUGACGCCAGAAGCUUGGCUUCCUAGCUGUUGUUUUUGUCCUGUGUGCUUGCUAGAGAGUACUGGUGACAUUUGCUCUGUUCACACAUAGUUGGAUUUUAGGGUUGUUUGUGACUUGGGUGGUGGCUCCACUCCUGUCACACAUAUCUCGACCCCGUAGCCUUUAACAGCUGCAGCCCGGAUUCGGGCUUUUGUCACCGUCGCCAUGGGCUCCAUCCUGAGUCGGGGUAUCGCAGGUGUGGAGGACAUCGAUAUUCAAGCCAAUUCGGCCUACAGAUAUCCACCUAAAUCUGGAAAUUACUUUGCCAGUCAUUUCUUCAUGGGAGGUGAAAAGUUCGACACCCCUCAUCCUGAGGGAUAUCUUUUUGGGGAGAACAUGGAUUUGAACUUUUUGGGGAACAGACCCGUUCAGUUUCCGUAUGUGACUCCUGCUCCUCAUGAACCAGUGAAGACGCUGAGAAGCUUAGUCAACAUCAGGAAAGAUUCUCUUCGUCUUGUCCGAUACAAAGAAGAUACUGACAGCCCUGUUGAAGAAAAUGGUCGACCCAAGAUCCUCUACAGCUUGGAGUUUACAUUUGAUGCAGAUGCUCGGGUUGCAAUAACCAUUUAUUGCCAGGCUUCAGAAGAGUUCACCAAUGGGAUGGCAGUGUAUUCUACAAAGAAUCCAGCCUUACAGUCUGAAACAGUACAUUACAAGAGAGGUGUAAGCCAGCAGUUCUCCAUGCCGACUUUCAAGAUAGACUUUGCAACAUGGAAGGAAGAUGAGCUAAAUUUCGACUUGGAUAGAGGCAUUUUUCCACUUGUGAUCCAGGCUCUGGUUGAUGAAGGGGACGAGAUUCCUGGGCAUGCUCAUGUACUGCUCGCUGCCUUUGAGAAGCAUGUUGAUGGGAGUUUUUCUGUGAAGCCUCUAAAACAGAAACAAAUUGUUGAUAGAGUUAGUUAUCUUCUACAGGAAAUCUAUGGAAUUGAAAAUAAAAACAACCAGGAAACCAAGCCAUCUGAUGAUGAGAACAGUGACAACAGCAAUGAAUGUGUAGUGUGCCUUUCUGACCUCCGUGAUACAUUAAUCCUUCCCUGCAGACAUCUAUGUUUAUGCAACUCCUGUGCUGAUACCUUACGCUAUCAGGCCAACAACUGCCCCAUCUGUAGACUGCCCUUCCGAGCACUGCUACAGAUUCGAGCAGUAAGGAAAAAGCCAGGAGCACUUUCCCCCGUAUCGUUCAGCCCUGUUUUGGCACAAACCCUGGAUCACGAUGAGCACUCAAACAAUGAUAAUGUUCCUCCAGGGUUCGAACCCAUCUCCCUUCUAGAAGCUCUGAAUGGUCUACGGUCGAUAUCACCAGCCAUCCCUUCCGCUCCACUGUAUGAAGAGAUUAAUUUUUCUGGGAUCAAUGACAAUCUUUCUAUGACAGGUCGACCUUUGGGUGCAAUUGACAGGAUGGUGGAAAACAGUCACCAGAAAGGAAAACUGAGUAAAUCUCCAGACAGUACUUUAAGGUCUCCUUCAUCCCCUAUUCAAGAAGAAGACGAGGAAAAACUUUCUGAAGAUUCUGAGCCUCGGGUGAAUGGAACACAGCUGAUCCUGAGCGAGAGUAUGUCACCAGUUACAUCCCCAGUGGAAGAAACACCGUCACUUAAGCAAGGUUCUAGACCACGAUCAGUUGCAGAAAUCCUGCAAGACAGCAGCAAUGAACUGAGGAGCCUCACACGAGCUACUGUCGACCCUGCUGUAGAUGUGUGUCUUCCAGGUUCUUCAAAGCCAAAUGAAAGCUUGAGGAAGCACAGCAGCAGCAGUAGUCCUUCUCAACCUCUUCUUGGCUGUGCAAGUCUCCUGCUUCUGGAGGACGAACAGAGCCCCGCCACCUAGUCCCUUGGGACUUCGCUCUACUGCAUUGUGAUUUUGCACAAAUUUUAUUCGAUGUCACACCAAUCUUCACUACAUUGAAUUAGCUGUCUGAUUAUAAAGGACAAUGAAAAUAAAGUUGCACAAAACUGAAACAAUACUUUAUCCAGAAGUACCACCAUAUACUGUAUAUUCUGAGCUUUCAUAUUUUUGUGUUCUCUUUCAUUUUCCACUGAUUGUUACUUUUGGAUUCAUGAUGUGUUCUGCCCCAUUGGUAGUACAGUAUGUUAAAGUUGCUCUACUGUUUACUUCUGCAGCAUGGAGAGUAGACUGCCAGUAGUAAUAGGGCUCACAUUUCAGUACAGUGGUGAUCAGGGCAAGAUCUAGUGGUCUGCUUCCUUAUGUGUGCUCACAUGUAUAUUCCUGCAGUCAUGCACGGUCUGUUUUAUAAUGCAUUUUAUUUAAACAAUCUCCUGGUAAAAUGUAAGAACGGGAUUAAGGUGUAAAUGUCCAACUUUGGAAAGUGAUGUUAGGUAUAGAGCUAUUAUACUACAUGACUUUUUAAAUGUAUGCCAUUUAUAUACAACACUUCAUAAUUUAUUUUUACUUUACAAGUGGUAUACACAUGAAAGCCGUAUGUGGUAACUGAAGUGAAAAUUUGAAAUGUUCGGUUUCCCUGUCACUUUCAUCUGAAUCUCUAAAGCAAUGCUAGUGAAACACUGAAUGCAGUUCUUCAGAAUGACUAUCAUUUUGAUUGUGCAAGCUUAUUUUUUGGGAGGACAGCUUUAGGUUAAGUCCUGUUAGUGAGUCAUAGCAGGAUCAAAUUCAUCUGCAGCACUUGUACUCAGUCAUGCGUAUGUGCAUAAUUUCUUCUCAGAUAGCCACACUGCUAGUAGGUUUAAAAGAUGUGUUAGUAAACACACCGCUUCAUGGUAGUACUGAUUUGGUUUUCCUUGCAAUCUGUAAUUAUUACUGCCCCCAUGAUUAGCAGGAGCAUUGGAUGUUUUAGUAGUAAACAACUGUUCAUAUCUGCUAACCGUGCUAUGUUAGUUUCUGAGGUUUCUGCAGUAAGAUUGGAACAUGAUUAUUUGAAGGUAGACAAGUACCCCGUGGAUUUUGCUGUGUCUUUGCCAUGAACAUAGAUAAAUUUAAUAGUGUAUAUUUCAGUACUUUACCUACAAUAAUUCAUAUAGAAUUGAACCAUUUUCAGUUAAGCACUCUUAAUGAGGCAGAAGAGGAACAAGGCCACAACAGAAUGAUUACUUUUAAUCAAUUCUAAUUACUUUUAAGUCGUAUUUAUUAUAUAAAUGAUAGCGCGUUGGUGAUUUUCAUUUGAAAGUUGUAUAUUCAGUUCUUUGUAAUGGUGUGUUUCUGUCACCUCUUGAUUUUCAGAUUAAGUUGCUGAGUGUUUGUUACAACCAUUGUGUGUUUCCAGUAAAAGUAAUUUAUAUCUUUACAUUUAUAUGAAUGUUUCAGUGUAGUAGGAUAUGUACAGCUCAGCAUGUGCAGCUCAUAUGCUGUGGGCCUGAUAGUAUAUGUGCAGCAGGUGAAGAUGCAACACAUGUAUAUUCUGUGUGGAGCACAAUUUUCAAUGCAAAUAUCUAUGGAAUAAUUGGUGUCUAUGUUGUGGAAGUACCCGAUGGUGACAAGCAGUUACCAGUAUUUUUUGGUACUGAAGGGUGACAGGCAUCAUUUGUUGAAUAAGAUCAAAAUGUAUUGAAUUUUAAGUUCUUCUAGCUUAUGCCUGAAAAUUGAAAGGCUUGAAGCUACACUUACAUGUCUCUGAUAAUGCAUCAUAGCCAUUCAACUUAAGAUGUAUAUUUAAUCUUAUUUUUUUUUUUUUUGGGGGGGGGGGGUAAAGUGCUUUUUUUUGCAUUUUGGUGCCUGUAGUAAUUAUCCAAACCUUUUGUUGAAGGCCAGUAGUGAAAUACUGUUAUACGAAUAUGAUGAAUUUCUGUUUUCACAUUCUACUGGAAUGCAAUGUCUUGCCUUUAAGUAUGAUAUUCAGACUUAUCUGUACAUCUUUUAGAGGAACAUUUCUAUUUUCAGGCAUGACUUACCCCUUCAUACAAUUUACCUAUUUUGGGAGGUGCUUUCCUAUUUUAAGGCUUAAUUUACAACUACACAUGAUGUACUGACCCCCACCUCCACCCCCCAUCCACCAAAAAUUUGAUGCUGUUUGAAAUGCAGAAAACUAAACUGUUUGUCCAAAAUACUGGUGGCACGAGUAAUUUAAAGAAAGAAGGCUCACAUUACAUCUCUUUUUCGUAAACAAAAAUAAAUGUGUGAGGUAGAUUCUCUGUUAAGGUCUACAGAUUUACAGGGUCUUCGAUAACAUGCUUAUAUUUUACUCACACAGAUAUUUAAACUUGUUUCUGAGUAGUAUCCCACAGUCCUGCUAGAAGUGGGAGGAGCUAUGUGUUAUUAAGAAUUAACAUUUUAUGUUGAUGAGGGAUCCAGACUUUUGGCUUCUUGUAGGUACUCGAACCAUUAUACCUAUUUUUAAUAUCUGCAAAUUGAGAGGUAUGGUGAUUUUGCAGUAUUUGAUGGUAGUUUUUUCAUUUUAUUUUGGUGGGGCUGGAUUUUGCAAGUUGGCAUUUUUUUUCUGUGUUUUCAGUCUUUUUCUUUUUACAUUUGAAAACAUUUUUUGCAGCAGUAGAAUGAUCAGUCCUGAUUAGCUGCAUAGCAGUGUCUCAUCAGUAAUCCACUCCAGAAUAUAGUUUUGAAAGAAUGGCCAUAUUUGCAUUUUUAGGGCAGGCAGCUGCUGGUUCAGUGUUUUGUACUUUGCCUUCAAGCAUAUUUUUCUGUAUGUAUUUGUGUAUACUAGCUGUAUAGUUUUCGUACAUAGGAAUAAACACUUUGUAGACGUUGUCCUUUGUCCUGUUCCUCUUUGAGUUAUGCCAGAGGACCAGUAGACCAUAGCUUAGGAAGUUUGCUGGAUGCUUCAAGCCAUUGUCAUUUUUUUUCUUUUGCUCUGCUCACUUCUGUAUUGCAUAUCAUUAGCUACUUGUUUUUUCCUUCAUUAUUUCUGCAGUAUCCUACCCUGCAAGCAUGUUUUCUGUCUGGUUUCCAGCCCCACUGGCUUGUCCUUUAUUGCUAAAAGAUUGUUUCUUUGGACAAAUUAUGCUUGGCAGUUAUCAUUCAGGAGCUGUACAUUUACCACUGUAAGACAGCUUUCAUGGUUACAUUUUAACUAAACAGUGUAGGGUGAUUGCAAGGCCGUAAAUACUGUUUAUCCUCAUUUAUCCAAGCCUUGGCUGAUAUUGUGAUGUGCCUGAAUGAAGUUUGCUCUGACCUAAUGCACAGUUCAAAAAUGCUGGUUCUAUUGAAGUAAAUAUUUUGCUAAAACAGUGUUUUGUUUAUCUUCAAGUCAUCAGCAUGACAUUUAACUCGCUGAGGCUUUGGAAUACAUGUAGUGUUAUAUGGAUGUCUUGGUUUUACAUUCCUGUUUAAUUUAAUGGUGUGUUUUAUGACUGACACUAGAGUUAUGUAUGUAAACGGUCACACUUUUAAGUGAUAUUGAUUGAGAACUGAUAUCUGUCACUUGGGAAUUUUGUACAGUCACUAAAGAAAAAAAUUCAGCUGGGCUUAGUACUCACUGGUGCUGUCUUUUUUGUCUGUAUGGGAUCAAGAUUUUUAAAAGGUAUGCAGUCAUCUUCAUCAUGCAAAUCCUGUGUGCUUGCUUGGUGAAUAUUUCUGCAGACGGCAGAAAUGUAUUUCACUGAGAUAUGGUCUUGUGAUCAGUAACAGACACUUUAUCUUUGUCACUACAUUUUAAACCAUGCUCAGAAUAUGUGUACAUUGUGGCCUUUAUCUCAAGAAUCUUGUUUUGCGCUUGUAAAUACUGAAACUGUUAGUGUAUCAUUUUAUAAAUACAGUACCACCAGUUUUAGUAUCCCUCACUUUAUAAGACAAGUUUCGCAUUUUGAAAUGUUUUGUUUGAUUUGUGGAUAAUUGUUUUAGUAAUAAAGGAAUAAUCUGUCAUCAGUGUUCUAUGCAAGUUGCAUAAUCCAUAAUAAAUACAAACGGUGAA